CGUCAGUUUCAGUCAAAGGGUUCAGCUCAGAAUGGACACUUGGUGGGAAUUGGUGGUUCUGUUGGCUGUGGUUUUGAACAAUUUGGUGGAAGUUGUUAAAUGUGCUAACAACGAUAGUGAUAGUGAUAGUGCGAAUAGUGUCAGUUAUCGACUCCCAAGGGAGGUUAUCCCAAAGCAUUACGAUCUGUUGGUGAAUACUUAUUUGGGUGAUGACGCUGAAGGAUUUCGGUUUGACGGUGCGGUUAAUAUAAUCGUUCAAUCAACUGGCACAUCCAAUCGCAUCACCCUGCACUCGAAGGACCUCGUGAUUGACGAGGGCAACGUGUCAGUAACCGACCUGACCACCAACCUACCUCUCCCAAUUUCUUCAAUCGAGUACGAUUUACUAAAUGAUUUCUUGAUCAUACAAACCAGUCAACAAUUGCUUCCAGAAUCCCGCUACAAUGUUCACAUUCCUUUUGAAGCCGAACUGAAAAAAGAUGUCGUCGGGUACUACCGGAGCAGCUACCAGGACUCGGAGAGCCAAGAAAGAGUAUGGCUCUCGAUAACCCAAUUUCAAGCGAUCCACGCCCGCCGGGCAUUCCCGUGCUUUGACGAGCCGGAACUCAAGGCCACGUUCAACAUAUCGUUGGGUCACCACAGCCGCUACAACGCCCUGUCCAACAUGCCAAUUCUGGGUAGUGAGACGAUUCUGGACGGUCGACCAAACUGGACCGUUGAUCACUUCGAGCGCAGUGUCCUGAUGGCUACUUAUUUGGUAUCUUACUCCAUCAACGACUACUUGUUCGCCGAAGCAGUUGGGAGCAAUACGAGCAAUGGAGUUCAGGUGCGAUCGUGGAGUCGUAAGAAGGCCGUCGGGAAUCUGGGCUAUGCCAACGAGAUCGCGCUGAAGUUGAUCGACCUGUACGAAGGAGCGUUCGACCUGCGGUUCCCGCUGCCCAAAUUGGACUUUAUAUCGAUUCCGGACAUGUUGUUUGCCGCCAUGGAAAAUUGGGGCCUGGUAACGUUCACGGAAGCUGGGUUGGAGUUCUCAAGGAGGGAGUCGACGUUGGACGAUCAGCACUUUGUGGCGUCGGUGGUGGCGCAUGAGAUCGCGCACAUGUGGUUCGGCAAUCUGGUUACGAUGCGGUGGUGGACAGAUCUGUGGCUGAACGAGGGAUUUGCACGGUACACGGAGUUCAAGGCGGUCGAGUAUCUUCAUCCGGAAAUGAGAUCGCUGCAGGAGAUUGUGAUCGAGGAUGUUUUGGAGAUUUUCAAGUUUGACGCGUUGAACAGUAGUCAUCGGGUGUCGAUCGAGAUUGGCAAUCCGGAGGAGAUUCCCCAGCUGUUUGAUUCGAUUUCUUACAAGAAGGGAUCGGCGAUCGUGCGGAUGAUCAAUCUGUUUCUUGGAGAGGAGGUUUACAACGGAGGAGUUUCCCGGUAUCUAAAGCGGUUCCAGUUUAGUAAUGCCGAGCAGGAUGAUUUGUGGCAAGCGCUGACGGAGGAAGCUCAGGAGGAUGGAAGGUUUCCUGAUGGGUUUGACGUUAAAGCGGUUAUGGACACCUGGACGCUUCAAACCGGUUAUCCGGUGGUGUACGUCGAAAGAGACUACCAAAGGGGUACGAUGACGUUCCGUCAGAUGAGGUUCAUAUACGACGAGACCAUCGACGACCCGGCUUGUUGGUGGAUACCACUCACAGUUUCCACUUCCCUGAAUCCGGACUUUAACCAGACACAACCCCAGCUAUGGCUGGGUUGCACUCCGCAGUCAACCCCGAUUGUGACAAACCUUCCCUGCAACACCGAAUGGGUCAUGAUCAACAACCAAAUGGCCGGCUUGUACAAAGUUCAAUACGAUUACAACAACUACCGUCUGAUAGCACGAUAUCUCAACACUCCAAACUUCCGCAAGAUCAACGCGAUCAACAGGGCCCAACUUAUCGACGACGCUCUGGACUUCUCCUGGGCAGGUCUGCAGGACUACUCAAUAGCGUUCUCGAUCCUCGACUACCUCCCCACCGAGACGGAGUACAUCCCCUGGAAGGCAGCCCUCACGAACCUCAACUCCCUCGAUCGCGUCCUGUCCACUACGGAUCACUACGACCUCUUCCUUGCAUACGUAACCCGUCUUCUUCUCCCGCUCUACAACCGUCUGAACAUCUUCCACAACUCCUCAAUCCCGUCCUCGCUGGGCCAAACCCGGCUGACCAAACUGACCGCCGACUGGGCCUGCUCGAUGGACUUCUCCGACUGCGUCCAAAACUCGCUCCAACUGUUCACGACCUGGAUCACCAGCUCAUCGAACCCCAUCCCGCCGGAGCUUCGUACCACCGUGUACUGUACCGCGAUCCGCGAGGGAACCCUCCGGGAGUGGGACUUUUUGUGGGAACGGUACCGCGAUCCGGUCACCGGCAGUGCGGAACGGACGGCCAUUGCCGAGGGCUUGGCCUGUACGGAGGAUCCGGAGCUGAUGGACAGGCUGCUUCGCUGGUCCGUUGAUUUGAGCUCCGAACUAAGGUUGGAGGAUACAACGGUGGUGUUUGAGGCGAUCGCGGAUCAAGUGGGGGGAACGGCGAUGGCGAAACAGUUUUUGUACGACAACAUUGACAAGAUGGCGGAUUACGUCAACCCGGAAACGUUCGAGUCACGGCUCGCCAGCCACGUGAAGGUGCUGGCCCGGAAGAUUACCGCUCGGGACGAGCUGGACCAGCUGGAGCGGUUUGUGGCGCGCAAGGGUUCGGUUCUUGCUGGGAACAGUAUCGCGAUUGGGCAAGCGCUGGAGCUGGCCCGGAUCAACAUCCAGUGGGUGGAGAAUCAAUUAGACGGCUUCGUGGCCUAUUUGCGGCUGCUCGAGCGGAGCGGGUUCGACGCGAGUCGGAUGGAGUGGUUUUGA